AUGCCUGCCGGUGCGAACUCGCGAACGCCGGCGACGGACUUCGUCCAGGACUACGCGGCGAAGCGGCAGGCGCAGAUGGAGCGGGCACGGCAGCUGCGUGAGGACCGCCUUCAGCAGCAGCAGCAGCAGCGCCAGUCGUCCCCAAAAACAAGCGGCGGUGGUAAUGCCUACAACUCCUCCCCAACAUACACGGCGGUGCCAUCCGCCAGUGGCGGCGGCACAGCAACAGCGGCGCCGACUUCGCGUCAGCCCCCACCGCCGUCGCUCAACGUGCCGCGCUCCCGCCACGUCACCCCGGGUCACGAUAGCGCCGACAGCGGCUCCUCUCCUGGGAAAUGCGGGGAUGGAUGUGUUCUCUACAUCAAAGAGCAGGACUUCAAGCAGGCCACGCAGGCCGGCAUCAUCACUCCCGACCAGGCGCGCCAGCUGUGGGCGAUGUUGUCGAAUCAGAUCAUCCGCGUGUGCUCGCCGUCGGCGCACGCAAACGCCGUGUCUGUGAGCAGCCUGCUGGCGCUGUCGAACAACUCCUACAACUCCUCUGGGUGGGCGGCCGGCGGCCCUCAGUCGACUGGCGGCAGUGAAUUCGGCGCCAGCAUUUCAUUGGAGUCACUGCGGACCAGCAUCGCGUACUUCAAGCGGGAGCAGCAACGGCUGCAGCAGCAGGGAGGUGGUGGUGCGGCCGGCGCAGCUCACGGUUCUAACGCCCAGGGCCGCCACCCGCUGUCUUCUUCGCCACCAGCACUCAGUAACACAGUGGGGCAGCCCUUGUCGCAGUCACGUGGCCUGCCCCAACGUCAACUGCAGUACGACGGCAACGCCAACAGUGACUAUUGCCGGAACGACGGCGCCGCCAACGACAACGAGCAGCGAGCGCUUGGCGCACCAAUGCCGCUGCGCGGUAGCGGUGGCAGUGGGGGUGGCGGUCGUGGUGGUCGUCCAGCUUGGAACUCAGAUGUGGAGGUGCGUCACGAGGACGACUACGACGACGAUCGUAACCGUCACGCGCCAUCGUCGAUGUCGACAAUGAACAGCGGCGCGGCGGCGCUCAAGAAGCCGCGGACGGGGAGGACUAACACGGUGAGGCCGGCUGCCAAGGGUCCCGCCGCAUCGUCAUCGCCGGCUGCUGGUGCUAGUGGUGUUUUGGGCACCUCUGCCCAAGGCCGUGGCUAUGGAAGCGACAACGAAGAGGCAGGCAACAAUGCGUACAUGCCGCAGCAGCCCUCCUCCGCCGUGCCUCGAGGCGCCAAGGCCGGUGGCUCAGGUGCUGCUAGUCGGCGCCCCCCUGCAAGCCGUCCGACGGCACCACCGCCCUCGUCGGGCGCACCCGUGAACCUGGAUGACGUGCCCGUCGGCGGCGGCGGCGGCGGUGGUGGCGGCAUGAACGACUGGGCCAACGCCUACCCACCGGGUAUGGUGCCACCGACGAGCACCGGUGGCAACGACGCCAUCGCUGCCGAGGCGGCGGCGGCAGCGCAGGAGCCGAUGCAAGAGUGCCGCACCUGUGGCCGCAGAUUUCGUAUAUCGGUGGUCAUGCGGCACGAGGCGCUGUGUCGCAAUCAGGCGAACAAGCCACGGAAGGUCUUCAACAUGCGCGAGCAGCGGCUGGAUGGUGUCGAGGGGAUCAAGGAGGUGCAGCGGACAGCUGCACGGAGCGGUGGUGGUGGUGGCGGUCGCGGUGCCGGUGGCGGUGGCGGACGCGGCGGUGGCGCCGACGCAGCAGCAGGGGCGGCCAAGGGCAAGCUCCCCAAGUGGAAGGUUCAGCACGAACAGUUCCAGGCUGCAAUGCGAGCGGUUCGCCAGCAAAAGGAGGCCGGAGGCGGCUUCGGCUCCGGGCGGAUGGCACCGCCGCCUGCCCCGAUUCCGGAGGAGUACGAUGAUCGCGUCCCGUGCCCGCAUUGUGGGCGCAAGUUCGCCCAGGAUGUGGCAGCCCGGCACAUUCCAAAGUGCGCGACGACCAUUGCGAAGCCCAAGGGGAUUCGCCCGAUUCGCCGAUGA